AUGUUAACAUUACCGUUUGACGAAUCUGUUGUAAUGCAAGAGUCCCAGAUCUGCAGAAACUUUUCCAGAGAAAGCGAUGACCCCAAGCAAAUAAAAAAGCCAGAAAUCUUUGCAAAACAGAUCAUGCACCAAGGGACAAGUAUUAAAAGAUCUCCAGCAGAAGACACAGAAAAAGAGGAAGGGGAAGAUGACCGAGAGGAAGAGGACGAAAAUGGUUUGCCCAGGAGGAGAACUCUUCGGAAAAAAAAGAUGACCAAGAUGAGAAUGGAUAGGGUCAAAUUCAGGCGCCAGGAAGCGAAUGCCAGGGAAAGAAAUAGAAUGCAUGGCCUGAAUGAUGCACUGGAUAAUUUAAGGAAAGUGGUCCCUUGUUAUUCCAAAACACAAAAGCUGUCUAAAAUUGAAACUUUGAGGCUGGCAAAAAAUUACAUAUGGGCUCUUUCAGAAAUCUUACGAAUUGGCAAGAGGCCUGACCUGCUGUCAUUUGUGCAAAACUUGUGCAAAGGUCUCUCCCAGCCAACAACAAACUUGGUGGCAGGAUGUCUACAGCUGAAUGCCAGAAGUUUCUUAAUGGGUCAGACAGGAGAAACGGCCCAUCAUACCAGAUCUCCCUACUCUACUUUCUACCCGCCCUAUCACAGCCCAGAGCUGAACACUCCCCCGGGUCAUGGAACGCUUGACAGUUCCAAGUCCAUGAAACCCUACAAUUAUUGCAGCACGUAUGAAUCCUUCUAUGAAAGCACAUCUCCUGAAUGUUCCAGCCCACAGUUCGAAGGCCCCUUAAGCCCUCCCCCAAUUAACUAUAAUGGGAUAUUUUCCCUCAAGCAAGAAGAAGGUUUGGACUAUAGCAAAAACUACAAUUAUGGCAUGCAUUAUUGUGCAGUGCCACCCAGGGGUCCCCUGGGGCAGAGUUCUGUAUUCAGGUUGCCUACAGAGAGUCACUUCCCUUACGACCUACAUCUGCGCAGCCAGUCACUCACCAUGCAAGAUGAAUUAAAUGCAGUUUUUCAUAAUUAAUGAGGAAAGUGAAAAUAAACAGUGGUCAUUCACCUCUCUGUCUAAUUAAGAUAAAGCAGAUGCUUGUGCCCUGGUUAAUUGAUGCAACUCUAUUAAAAAUGUGUUUGCUAGGUUCAAAAGUG